AUGAGCCACACGCGCAGACCGCCUGCUCUCCAACCCCUGGGUGGAGCCUCCUCUACCCUCCGACUGGGAAGUCCGCCAACCUACCCACGCCGCAGCGUGCCCUACUACCUAGCACCCCUUUGGGAUGCCGCCGAGUUCCAACGCGCGAUCGAAGCGAAGCUCACUGGGAGCAGUCGACGCGGCUCCACGGCUCGGAAGCGCGCAAGAAAGCAUGGCUCAUUGAAGUUCCCCGGGAUGAGCCCUAUCGAGGAGGCUGCUAGCAAUAUCCCGAAGGAAGUUAAAGCGAGGCUAAAGAAGAGCCGGGCUGCCAAAGGUCUCCUGCAAGAUCUGGAAGAGGAGGUCAGAGGUUGGGUCAAGGGCUGGAAUGAGGCUGAGUUACAGGGCCGUGGAAUCAGCGGGCCGACUCAGCACAAGAACCUCGUGUACAGGCCUCGUGCGGAGACAACGGAGAGCGCAGACAGUGGCGCAGUUGUGUUGGACGAGACGGAUGAAGAAGACGAAGAGAUCGUGUUCGUGGGACGUAAGGGCGUCGUUGUCGGGGAUGGCAGCUCUGCGACCACGACGGAUGGCGAUAUCUCGAUGGAGCCCCCACCGACGGCGUUGCAAGACGUCGAAAUGACCGAAGACAACGCCACCAUCUCCGACUCAAAGAUGGUCUUUGAUGCCCUUGAGGACGACCGUGGAGCCAGCUUCGCACGUUGGCUUGUCCACUGUGUUGGGUCAUACUAUGGCCUGCGCACAUGGAGUGUCACGCGCGAAGCACAGGGAAUGCCGAACAUGCGAGAGGCAUAUGUCGGCAUCGAUGAGCGAGCCAAGGGCUUUAUGGGGCGAGGGGUUCAGGUUGAGGGUCAGAGAGAGAUUGAGCUGCCGCGACCGCUGUGGACAAUGGUCUGA